AUGAUUAAAUCAAUACAAUUUAAAUCAAAUAGAUUUAUUUCAUCAUCAACAUCUACCUAUUUUAGAGGAUUAAAAGAUAGUUCAUAUAAUUAUAGUAAUAUUAAUAAUAAUAAUAAUGUUUUUAGUUUUAACAAUGAUAAAUAUAUAUCAAAUACAAGAUCAUAUAGUCAAGUAAAUAAUAAUAGUAAUAAUAGUAGUAACAAUAUAGAUAAUAAUACAAAUAUAUUAUAUAAUGAGUUAGUUGAGAAUAAUAUUAAUAAAAAUGUUAUAAAUAUCGAUGAUGAUAUCACUAUUGAUAGUGAUAAUAAUCUAAAAGAUAGAAUCAUUCAGAUGAACAAUCAAGAUUUGAUAGAGUACACAAAGAGAAGAUCAUUGAAAACACUAACUGACAAAGAGAAAGAGAUACUUCUCUACAAGUUUGUUAAGAAUAUGAAUGAUCUAAACAUUGAUUUACAAAAGAAUAAGUUCAUUAUUGCCGCUGUAUCUGGUGGUGCCGACAGCAUUUGUAAUCUUUCUUAUCUAAUGAAUUAUUGCUAUUUUUAUCGUAACGAUGUUGUUUAUAGUAUGGCAUUAUGUUUUUUAUUAAAAGGAUGGUGUAAUAGACAUGGAAUUUCAUUGGUUGCAGUCACUAUAGAUCAUGGAUUGGUACCGCCAUCUGAAGAUAUCGUAGCGAUAGCAGAGAAUAUCAGAAAGAUCGAUGCCGAUAUUCAACAUAUCGUUGUGAAGAUCGAUUGGUUUGGUAGCGGUGUCGAAGGUCUCGCAGGAAUGCAGCCAACGCUACCACUCGCCAACGCAAGCAUCUACCGUCCACUCCUUAACAUCGGUAAAGACGAACUGUUUGGACUGUGCAAUGCAUACAACUUGCGAUACACACACGAUCAGGCUAACAACCUAACGACAUUCGAACGCAACAGAAUUCGACUUGCUUUGUCAAAGUUACUAUGUAGCAGUAGUGGUAAUAGUGGACAACAACAUGAUCAUUCCAAUAACAAUAGCAGUAACAACUCAUCUCCCAGUAUUGUACAACUCAAAGAUUUCAAUAAUGUUUUAUCGAUAUUUAGAGAGUUUAGAUAUAGUAUUGAGGAGCAGGUGAUGGCGAGUGUCAGAGAGUUGUAUAAUAGCAGCUUUUCUUUGGAGCUGCCGAUGUUUAGAGUCGAUGUAGAUAGAAUUAAAAAGUUGAGUGCACCGAUUGGAUGUAGAUUGCUCUACCAGCUAUCGAUGAUUAUCAAUGGAGACUAUGAGAAGUUCAGACACCAGGAUUACGCUUCACUCUACAGGUCGGUGGUUUCGGGCCAAACGCGCACACUCAACCAAAUCAUAUUCUACACCCAACAGAAUCAUAUAUACAUACACCCAGAGUCACACUCCUCUGCCAAACAAGCGAAGCGCAUCGUCAUCGAACAACAACGACACCUCCGAGACGGUCAACCAAUUCAAUUCGGACAUCAUUCACUGAAAUUCUCAAAACUAUCGAUAGUAACAAAAAGUAUUAAUUUUAGAAAAUCUACAUUAGAUAACAACAUUAUUGAUAACAACAACAAUAGUAAUAGUAAUAGUAGUAAUAGUAUUAGUAAUAAUAAUACAAAGAAAGAUUAUAACAAAUAUAAUAAUAAUAAUGAUGAUGAUAAUAAUAAUAAUAAUAGUAAAACAAUAACACAAAAAAUUCAAUCACUUAGAUUACAUUCAAUCAGAUAUUAUAAUCCGAAAAAGGAUGAAAGAUUCAUUGGAAACGAUAUCAAAGCAUUAAAGAUACCGACGUUGGCGAGAACAUUGAUUCCUGUUGUGGUCAACGAGCAUGACGAAGUUUUAUGUAUACCUCAUCUCUCCAUUUGGAGAGCACCAAGACAAUAUAAUGUUUCGAUUUCAAUCAAAGACUUUGAUAUCAACUACAAAUCAGAUUCAUUACUUUGA